UUCUACCAAUCGCCAGAGCUGGAGCUGGAGGACGGUGGUGGGAAUCUGCGCCGUGCAUCACAGUUCACGCGUCCCCUGCACAUUCUGCGCGAUGUCGGCAGCAGCACUGCGCUCCCUGACAGCGCGCGCAUCAUGGGGGACGCCCUGGCCUAUGAGGCGGAGCUGAGCUCCAUCAUCAGAGAGUACCUGAACUUCAUGGAGUACGAGGAGACGGUGAAGGCCCUGGAUCGCGAGUGCAGCAGCAAGGGGAAGGCCGUGCCCAAGUCCGGUGGUGUCAUGAAGGACUCGAACGUGCUGCUGGUGCAGGGGGAGCUGCUGUCAGCGUUCGAUCAGGGCGAGCGCACCGAAUUCUUCGUGUUGUGGGGGGAGAACAUCCCCGGGACACUGUGCGAUUCAGACCCCACGGCCCAGAAGCUGGAGUUCUACCUGCAGAUUCACUUUGCCAUCUACCCCAUCCAGCACGCCGUGGGAAAGCCGGACAGUGCAAUGGUGGAAGUGAGCAUGACGGAGUUUAAGACCUUCCUAGAGACGCGCGGCUCGGCCCUCAGCCAGACCACGGAGUUCCUGCCCUUCUAUGCGCUGCCCUUUGUGCCCAAGCCCGCCGCUCACCCCUCCUUCCGCCAGCUCUUCUCGAACUCGUGGACCCCGGAGCUGAGGACGCAGCUCGAGAGGUUCCUGUCGCUCACGCUGAAGGCGAACAGCUUUCCUCGCCUUCUCACGCUGUUUAAGGAAGGUGGCCACGCAAGUAGAGACCUGCACGAGCGUCUGCACGAGUGCGAGCGGCGUGCCGUGGAGGCCGACCGGCGUGCCACGGGCUACACGCGGCGCUACGGCAAGCUGCAGGCCGACUACCACGGCCUCAUCAGCGUGACUGCCGAGCUCGUGGACUCGCUCGAGGCCACCAUUAGCGGGAAGAUGCAGAUCACGGCGGAGUACCUGCAGAGCAUCUGCACGCGCCUCUUCAGCAGCCAGCUGCGCCACAGUCUGGUGCACAGCGUGGACUUCACUCGCCCCGGCACGUACGACGACUAUUGGUACGCAGAACAGGCCUCCACAAUCCUGAGAGCCUCUGUGGCCCCUAUGCACCCCCGCGACAUCCCUCUGCUGCCGUCGCUCGACUACGACAAGCUGAGGCACGAUCUGCUCCACGGCACGGACCGCCUCAAGGCGCUGCUGCUGCAAGCUCUGCGCUGGCGCUUGACAAAGUCCCAGCAGGGAGAGCAGAGGGACACGGUGCUGCAGGCCUCCAUUGCCAACGACCUGCUGGGCUGUCACGCGCGCAGCCAAUACAACGCGGAUGUGCUGGGUCUGCUGAUGUCCAAGAGUGAGGUUGUGCGACAGUACACGGCCCGGCUCAUCAAUGCACUUGCAUCCCUGGCUGACGGUCGCACUUACUUGUCGCAGAGUCCCGCGGUGCUGCGAGUGCUGCAGGAGAGCCUUCGGGCAGAAGACCGCGAUUCACUGACUCGUGAAAAUGUGUUGGGCGCACUUCAAAAGCUCAGUCUCAAGCGGAGCCUGCAGACGGCCAUGAUCCAGGAUGGGCUGGUGCUGUGGCUCAUCUCUGAGCUCGGAGACACGGACGCCCUCUCCGAUUAUACGCUCGAAUACUCCGUGGCUCUGCUCAUGAAUCUGUGCCUGCGCUCAGCCGGGAAGAGGAAGUGUGCGGAGGACGCGCGCGGUGUCUUCAAGGUGCUCACCGACCUCCUGGGCCAUGAGAACCAGGAGAUUCGUCCUUACGUGAACGGUGCCCUCUACAGCAUCUUGGCCCUGUCCUCGAUACGCGAGGAAGCCAAGGCCAUGGGCAUGGAAGAGAUCCUCAGCUGUUUCGUGAAGGAAGGCAACGUGGAGACAAACAGACAAAUUGAGUUCAUUAUAAAGCAGCUCAACUCGGAUUCUCCGGAUGAAGGAGUGGAGUCCGAUGAUGAAGAACAAGAGGAGGAGGAUGAGGAGGAGCAGGAUGGCAUGGAGCUGGACUUGGACAAAGCGGAGGUGCUGAGGCCGCAGCCAGGAGAGCUCACCGGGGAGAAGCUGCUGAGUGCGGAGUACCUCGGGAUCAUGACCAACACUCUACAGCAUCGGCGCCGGAACCCGGCCAUUGUGAGCCAGAGUAUGAACGAGCCGCUCCAGAGACCCGUGACGCCCAGCACUCAUCGCUCGGCACUCACCGUGCCGGUUAAUUUGUGGGAGGGUGGCGGAUCGGUAACCGCGCACUCUGACGUCAGCUCGCGCCCUCCCACCCGCUCGGGCAGCCGGCCCAGCUCCGCUUCUCCGGCCGACGGAGGGGCAGAAGCAUCUCCGCGCUCGCUGAGAGAGCCUCCUUCCCACACCGCUGACUCGGAGGUGCAGGUCGCGUCAGGCAGCGUGCGAGACGUGAAGGUGGCGUUCGGGAGCCGCCCGCGCAUCCCUCGCACGCCCGAGUCGUCGGUCGCCCAGGCGCUCCGCCUCAAAACCCCGCCCCCCAGCCUCGCUCCGCGCUUCUCCCGGGCCGGACCCCAGCAGGGCCGGCCCAGCUCCGGCGGCGGCAGCAGCAGCAGCAGCAAGCACGCUGGUCAUCCAAUAAAUAAGGAGUUUAGAAACAAGUCAAGACCUCGGGCUUCUGUGUCCCUGCACCUAAACCCCCAGUUAUUCCAGGGCUACCUCACCCAGCGCACCGACAGCAGACGCUCUCGUGCGGGUUUAACUUUCCAAAUUCGAUACUCAACACUCAUGUUCCACACAUUGAAUCACGUGUGUGUGUAAGAAUCAACGCUUUUUCUGUUCUGUAAAUAGUUUGGUGUUACGUCUUGUAACAGUUCAUGGAAUCUCAGGUGGGAGUUAAUCAUUACACCCUAUUUCUGUACACAUCCUUCAUGUAGAGACAUCUCUAAAUACCUGAGUAUACCCUGUAUGACACUAACAAUGCAGGUACGAUUCUCAAUUGAUUACCCCAUGUAAAUAAUCUGGCCAAAUUUGUGAAACCCUCCACCACCUGACAGUCAAAUUAAAUUGCAACGUGUGCUAGUGUCUUAAUACGCCGAUUGUUUUGACUCGCCGGUGAGCUGAAGAAUAAUUCUCAACCAAAUGUAGCGAUGAGAGAUGAGGUUUUGCUUGAAACUGCGUCAAGCAUGUUCAGGAUGGAAUCCGCCAAGUCAGAAUAACCAUGCCACCGGACCCGGAUUCUUAAAUAUGUGUCGUGACAUCACAGGAACAACCAAUCAGAUUGAAACACGAUGCUAUCUACAGGUGUGUUGCUGUAAUCAGAGGGAGGCAAUGAAGUGUGUUUGAGCUCAACUAAACUGCUGCAAGAGAAGGAAGCUGUGACUUCCAUCUGCCCGAGUGCGACUUGGUCUGUCCUUUGCACUCUUUUGUUUCGUGAUUCCCAAGUGCUGUAUUGUUAUACGUUUGAUAUCUAAAAAAUAUAUUUAUUUUUGGUUGCUGCAAUAAAAGUUGACACGAUUACAUUGAGAACUCUAAUGUAGAUAAGCAAGUUUAUGGUUAAUCCAAAAGCUUACUGCAAUGGGGACAGGUGAUAGGUGAAGAGGUGGGGCCCCGAGUGGGUGGGAGGUGAGUGGUGACCCAGGCGUGGUCUCACCAGACACGCAUCCUAUCUUGACGUGGCCAAAUUCUUGAUUGGUUCCAACUUCCUCAUGCAUUGUGGUCACCUUGAUCAAUCCACUGCUGGAUGAAGCAUUCCCAAGCUGUCGUCACCACUCUUGAUAGUUGCUGGGCCUUCCCAGGAAUAGCCCAGGGGCUGUGCAGGCCCCUCGUGGGCCUACUCCACUCCCCCUACCUGUCGUGGCUUGAGGGGAACAUUGUUAAUUUUUUUAAAUUCACGUUUAAUGGACCGGCUGGUUAACUACAGCGGUAGAGUGAACCGCUCACAAUAAAUAUAUUUCCUGCACGGUUUUCUGUAUGAAGAUAGAUCAAGUUUAUUUUUGAACAAUAUAUUUUCCAAUGAAACACAAAA